AUGGUUUCAACCACUGCCUCCACUGAGAACACCCCAGCUACAUCUUCUCCUGUAUCUGUACCAAAUUCUCCCACAAUUCUCACCAUGAAUAGCAAUGAGCAGUUGAUCAAUAUCAAUGUUGUUGCUCAGGCACCUCUAAAGCUCGACAAUACAAACUACCAAUCCUGGAGAUACCAGUGGGAAACCAUCCUCACUGCAUAUGAUUUUCUCCAUUUUAUUGAACAACCACCAAGUUCAACAGCCACUCCUUUUCAUCAGCGACAAGACCAUCUCAUUCGGAGUGCCAUUGUUGCCUCUUUAUCUUCUGAUAUUGUUCCCUUUGUCAUUGAUGCCAAAUCUUCCUAUAAUAUUGUUCCCUUUGUCAUUUAUGCCAAAUCCUCCUAUGCUCUCUGGCAAAAUCUGACGGGAACCUAUGCGAAGCCAUCGCGUGCUCGUAUCAUGAGUCUUAGAGAGUCUCUAAGCAACUUGAAAAAGGGUAAUCUCUCUAUUACUUCAUAUCUGCAGAAAAUCAAACAAAUCUGCAGCACUUUAGCUUGUGCUGGCAUUCAGAUUUCAAUGGAUGAGCUCUUCCUUCAUGCUCUUCAUGGACUUCCAGCCGAAUAUGACACUAUCACUGCAGCUCUACGUGCUCGAGAAACUCCAGUGACAUUUGAAGAACUUCAUGAGAAGCUUCUUGAUUUUGAGCAGAAUCUCAUUCGCUCAUCUUCCUCUACCACAGUUCCAAUCACAGCAAAUUUUGCUGCUAAACCAUUGCUUCACAACAACCGCUCUCGGCCCAAUCAUGCUUCACGUCCUGGAAACAACUUGAAUCCUACGGAUAGACCUGCUUCCAACAAUUUUGGUGCUCAACUUGCUGGUCAAAACACCAACAGAAACCGUCCUCGUGUUACUUGCCAACUUUGUGACAAGCCUGGUCAUCACGUGAAGCAAUGCCGAAAAUUAUUAGCGAUUCUCUCUCUAAAUCAAUGGAUCUGGAUCCGAUGGACAUACAAGAAAUAA